AUGUCGCCCGUAUACCUCGAGGAUAAGCUCAACGUCGACCGAGUCGCCGUUAUCGGCGCCGGGCCGUGCGGCCUGGCCGCCGCGAAGUACCUUUUGGCGGAGAAAAAGUUCUCCAAGGUCCAAGUUUUCGAACAAAGAGACACUGUCGGUGGUGUUUGGGCGUACAGCCCUCUAAACGUCGUUGACAGUGACUUCAGUAUCCCAAGAACGCGGCCGACGAAGAACCCAGACACGGCCAUCGCCGUUGAGGGUCACGAAGCCAAGCAGUUUGUGUCUCCCGUAUAUGACUAUUUGGACACAAAUAUUCCGCACACGUUAAUGAACUACUCGGAUCAGAGGUUUCCCUCUGAUGCUUCUCUGUUCCCUCCCCACCAAGUAGUGAAGAAGUAUCUUGAGGAAUAUGCUGAAGAGCUGAAGCCUAUCGUCUCACUGUCAACCCAAGUGCUGUCUGUCAAGAAGGUGAUCAAAGAUGAUCAGGUGUAUUGGGAGGUUGAAACGCGGGAUCUCAGGACGGACGAGGUGACUAGCGCUCAGUUCGACGCCGUCCUGGUCGCAAGUGGUCACUACAACGACCCUUUCAUCCCUGAUAUCCCUGGUCUUGCCGAUUUCGAUAAGGCUCACCCAGGAUCAAUUUCACACUCCAAGUUCUACAGAAAUGCUGCACAAUACGAUAACAAGAAAGUUAUCAUUGUUGGCAACUCUGCAUCCGGCAUCGACUUGAGUGCGCAGAUCUCAAGCGUCUGCAAACUUCCCAUCAUUGUCUCCGAGAAAACAGUUCCCAGCACGCCAGGCGAGGACCGCUCAUCGUGGGCGAAGAUGGUCCCCGAGAUCGCCGAGUUCAUCCCAGACGGCCGCAAAGUGCGCUUUGCCAACAGCGAAGUCGAGUCGGACAUCGACGGCGUCGUCUUCUGCACGGGCUACUUUUAUAGCUUUCCCUUCCUCCGCGAUCUCAACCCGCCGGUCGUCACUGAUGGCGCCUGUGCCCGCAAUCUGUACGAGCACCUGUUCUACAUUGACGACCCGACACUUGCCUUCUCUGGUAUCCCGCAGCGAAUCGUUCCGUUUCCCGUCUCCGAAGGCCAGGCGGCAUAUGUCGCACGCGCGUGGGCAGACCGGGCGCGCUUACCAAGCCGCGUCGAAAUGAGGGAGUGGGAGGCGCGUAUGCUCAAGGACAAGGGAGAGGGUAAGAUUUUGCACAAUCUCGCAUUUCCCAAGGAUCUAGAGUACAUCAACAUGCUUCACGCACGAAGUCUCGAAGCAGAGAAGAGGCCCGGGUUGGAGAAUGACGGUGUGGGCAAGAUCCCGCCGUUUUGGGAUGAUGAAAAGAGAUGGACCAGAGAGCGGUUUCCAUUGAUCAAGGCUGCGUCGCGGGAGCUAGGCGAGAAGAGAUAUGAAGUCAAAACACUAGAAGAGCUUGGCUUUGACUACAAGGCGUGGAAAGCUAGUUUAGAUGAGGAGAACAAGCUCUUGUGA